GAGCUGUAGCCAAAGACAGGAAAUACACAUUUCCUAUGGGUGUGAACGCAUCAUAAUUGACACGAUUUUCGCCAACCUUCCCUGCGCGAAAUGUCUCUGCAGCGUGUGAGUGGAUAUUACUAUUUAUACAGAGGACGUCCUCACACUCAGACUAGAUGUGUUUUAGCACAGAAUAGUUUCGGACAGAUGUCAUGUAAUGCAGGCAGCAUUUAUUUGCCUCUGAAAUUGUUUCUGUUAUCAUUCCAUUGAGAUAAAUACGCUCUGCCGUCUCAUUUAGACAAAUACUUGUUUUUCUAACAUUUCGACAGGGAACAGUUUGAUAGUAAUCUAUCACCUUUCAAAAGAAUGCACAAGCGACAGCUCUCUAUCUAGCGUCUCCACGCAACAGCGCAGCAAGCUGUAAAGCCACGGAGAGCACGGAGGAAUAGAUGCUGAGAGCGGCGGCAUUGUAGAUCUGGUUGAGGUCCUUUUGAGCGCCUUUUUAAAUCCAAUGGAGCGACACGAAAUGGAUGGAAACGAUCCUGUCAGCAGCCUAAAGCAGCACUGUAGUGCAGAGGAACCCGGUUCUCCUCCUUGUGAGCCCUUAGGCACCGCACAGCAGGAGCCCGCCAUGAUGAGGAGGAGUGACAACUACCUGCCAGUCCCUGGUGAAGAGAAGAACCUGGAUGUGGAUUUUGUCGACACCAAGGCAAGGAGCAACGACUCCAUACCAAUGAGAAAUCUUUGUGUGGAUGAUCGUUCAGCUGUAUGUUCACGGCUAGGCCCAUACUUCUCUGAUGGACGGCGGAGGGUGGAUUACGUGCUGGCAUAUCACAUCCAGAAGCCCAGCGGUAUCCGACACAGGUCAUCCAAAACUGGCGACAACAAUUUCAUUCAAAGACUUCGGCGCAGUUUCAGCAUGAGAAGCAGUCGAGCCCCACUGCAGCCAAAGGAAGACCCAGAGAUUGCUGCCCAAGAACAACAGACUGACUAUCAUGAGCAUGACAAACGCUUCAAGCGGGAGGAAUUUGAGGAAAACCUUAUGGAGACGGGGCUGGAGCUUGAAAAGGAUGAAGAGAGUAAGAUCCUUGGAAUUGGCUUCUUGAAGAUCCAUGCUCCUUGGAAUGUCCUGUGUCGAGAGGCUGAGUUCAUGAAGCUCAAGAUGCCAACAAAGAAGGUUUACGAGGUGAAACAAGGCGGUAAUUUAGUGGAGAAGAUCCGACUGUUCAUUCACAAAGUUACAGCUCCUCUUCAUCCGAAAGUAGACUCCAACCGGCCACAAAACAUCAAAUCCCUUUCUCAUCCUUUCUCCAGAGAGAAGCAGCAUCUAUUCGAUCUGUCUGACAAGGACAAGUUUUUUGACAGCAAGACCAGGAGCUCAAUAGUCUAUGAGGUAGUGAAAAGGACAAGGUGCACCAGAGCCAAAUACUCCAUGGGGAUCACCAGUCUGCUAGCUAAUGGUGUCUAUACAUCUGCUUAUCCUCUGCAUGAUGGAGACAACGAGGGAAUAAAUGCAGAAUCUAAUGACAGGAAGCUGCUGUAUGAGGAGUGGGCCAGCUACAGCGCUUUCUACAAAUACCAGCCUAUUGGACUUAUCAGAAAGUAUUUCGGGGAGAAGGUCGGACUGUAUUUUGCCUGGUUAGGAGUCUAUACGCAGAUGCUAAUCCCUGCAGCUAUUGUUGGAGUCAUUGUAUUUCUCUAUGGCUGUGCCACUGUUGAUGACAACAUACCGAGUAUGGAGAUAUGUGAUCCCAGGAACAACAUCACCAUGUGCCCACUGUGCGACCAUGCCUGCAGCUACUGGAAGCUGGUGACAGCAUGUGGUACAGCUCGAGCCAGCCACCUGUUUGAUAACCCAGCCACCGUCUUCUUCUCCAUCUUCAUGGCUCUCUGGGCGGUUCUCUUCAUGGAGCACUGGAAGAGACGGCAGAUGCGACUCAACUAUAUCUGGGACCUGACAGGCUUUGGAGAGGAGGAGGAGGAGGAACAUAAGGACCACAAUCGAGCAGAGUACGAGUUCCGUGUCAUGCAAAAGACAAUGAAAAAGGAACAUUCAACCCCAAAGGGCGAGAAGGUGAAGCUGACAUGUACAGACAGACUGCCAGCCUAUUUGACUACUGUGGUCAUGAUGGGCUUCAUGAUCACUGUGACGUUUGCCAUAGUCUUCGGAGUCAUCCUGUACCGGAUUAGCAUUAAGGCAGCACUACACAUUAGCACCUACCCUGCAGCACGGUCCAACAUAAGAGCCACUGUCAAAACCACGGCUGCCAUCAUCAACCUCAUCAUCAUCAUCAUCUUAGAUGAAAUCUACGGCAUCAUCGCCCGCUGGCUCAACACACUGGAGGUUCCAAAGACAGACAAGAGCUUUGAAGAGCGCCUCAUCUUUAAAACCUUCAUCUUGAAGUUUGUCAAUGCCUUCACACCCAUCGUCUACUUGGCCUUUUUUAGGGGCAGACUCGUUGGGCGGCCUGGAAACUACUUGUAUGUUGUUGGGUCAUACAGAAUGGAGGAGUGUGCCCAUGCAGGCUGUCUCAUGGAGUUGUGUAUUCAGCUGUGCAUCACCAUGCUCGGCAAGCAGCUCAUUCAGAACAACCUGUUUGAGAUUGGCAUACCGAAGCUGAAGAAACUGCUUCGGCGUAGGAAGUCAGAGUUGGACUCAAAGCAAGAGGAGGAGCUGAACAAAACCCUGCAGCGCCAUGAGAAAGACCACAUCCUGGGUCCUUUUGUUGGCCUCAGUCCGGAGUACAUGGAGAUGAUUAUACAGUUUGGGAUGGUGACUCUUUUUGUGGCUUCCUUCCCUCUGGCUCCACUCUUCGCCCUUUUGAAUAACAUCAUAGAGAUUCGCCUGGAUGCCAAGAAGUUUGUUAUGGAGCUGCGUAGACCAAUUGCUGCCAAAGCCAAAGACAUUGGUAUCUGGUACAAUCUCUUGAGAGGUCUCAGCAAGGUAGCAGUCAUCGUUAAUGCCUUUGUCAUCUCCUUCACUUCUGACUUCAUCCCACGGCUGGUCUAUCAGUACAUGUACAGCCCUGAUGGCACAAUGCAUGGCUUCAUCAAUCACACUCUGUCUUACUUCAACGUCAGUGACUUCCAGCCAGGCACAGAGCCUCUCCAGCCAAUGCACCUGGGCUACACGGUAGAAAUAUGCAGAUAUAAGGACUACAGAGAGCCUCCCUGGUCCAACACACCAUAUGAACUCUCCAAGCAGUUCUGGGCCAUUCUUGCUGCCCGACUUGCCUUUGUCAUUGUCUUUCAGAAUGUGGUGAUGCUUAUGAGUGACUUUGUAGACUGGCUGAUCCCAGACAUCCCCAAGGACAUUAGCCUCCAGAUGCACAAGGAGAAGAUUCUCAUGGUUGAGGUCUUUAUGAAGGAGGAGCAAGGCAAAAGAGUGGCAGCACGAGACAAGAACAACCAGGACCACUGCACUACCCCCUCGUCAGCCAGUCAAAGUCCACCUCAGCCACGCUCACGGCCCGCAUCACAUGCAAACUGCUGUUAAACUACUUGCUGCUGGGCUCUAUGAACAUGCAAACAGCUUAGGACAGUUACCUGUUUUGAAUACUUAGUCAAGCUUUUGUUACAGAUUGUUUAGCAAUACUUGUAGGAAUAACUUCAGUGGGUUCAUAUUAGAGUUCUUUCAUCUUUGAAGUAGUUAGACAAUAGUCAUAAGAUUUAUUAUUCCCAAACAUUAUUUGUUGGAUGUAUUUGAAAGAAAUAAGCCAUUAGUUUCUUUUGACAUAGGGAUAUUUCCUUGUUGAUGAGAUUAUCAGUCAGGAUGUCUGAGAAAGCAGUGUCAAAUGUGACUCAUCAGUCAGUUAAGUUCAUACGUUCCACCUCUCCCACAAGGCUUGAAUGCACCUUUUGUAUUGAAGAAAGCCUCCCUCAAUCCGUCCAAAUGGUCCUGCUGAGAAGAGCUGUCUCCUGGUGUCUUACUGGUGAGACACAGAAUGCUCGGAGAUCCUCUCUCCUGUCAUCAGUGUGGAAAACUCACAUAGGCCUUUUUCUUUUUUUUUUUUUUUUUUUAUUAGCGGCUUGUCAGGUUGUGCUGUUCUCUUGAAGGAGCGCCAUAUUGUUCAAUCUUAUAUUUGUUAUAUUUUGAAUAUGAACAAACUGCCUAACUGUGCUCAGUGCCAUUAUUCCUGGAAGCACAACUAUCUAAGCACAACUUUCUAAUGAACUGGAAUUCUUAAAGACGCAACUGCCAAGAUAUACAGCGUAAAACACAAAGUGAUAUCACGCUCCAUCUCACCUUGCUGAAAUGCUGAGUUGUUUACCCUUGCUAAAAUCUCUGGAGAGAAAUCUUUUCCACAUGAGAAGUUGUAAAAUGAAAACUAUUUAUUUUAUUUUAUUUACUGACCCAGGGACAGGUCCAGGUCUUCUGUUAUAGAAGAUGUAAAAUAUAGUGUUUUGAAAAUAUACAGUCUCCAAAAUUAGUAAAAAUAAUUGUAUAGUGUCAAAAACUAUGUUUUAUUAAAAAGCAUUUUAACAAUUAAUUCAUAUAAAUCUAAAUUUUGUAAAUAUAAAAGCAAGUUGUUCCAGGAUCUGCACACAAUCAGGUUUUGACAUUUGACAGUCACAUUUACAUAAAUCUAUGUUCUUCCCAAAACCUUUCACAGAGGCUUAUGUUAUUUUCAUCCAAAAUACCUGAUUAUUGUUACACAGUUUCUAAUGCCAGCAACCAUUCCAAAACACAGGUCAAGGAGUUUUUAGCAGCCAUGUUCUUUGUUCAUAAAGGUGGAAUCUCUGGGUUUGUCAUUGUGUUUUGGCCUUUUUGAUGAGCUGAUAGUAGUGAGACUUGUACCAUAUCAUUCCUCUGACAGAGACCGGCUACUGAGAAUCAGAGAACUCUGGAGGAGUCAACCAUGGACAUAGCUGAACUGUCUGGAGGAAUUAAUGUCCACAGACAAGAUAUGAUAAGAGCACUGACUGUGCUGUGUUCCAGUUUAAAUUUUCUGUUUUAAACAGAACAUUUACAAAGCAAUAGAUUAUCAAGCAAUUUGAACAUCAUGGCAAGCAUAUAUACCCAUCUUAUAUUUGUCUUCUUCUAGUCUCAGACUGGUUUCAUGUAAGACAAUUUUCCAUGCACCGGUCACUGGGCUUGGAUUAUGUGAAUCACCUGCCGCGAUAAACUCAUAAUUUUAGGUAUUGUCUUGGCAUUUUCGUUUAUGUGCAGGUUUUUUUUGUCAGUAGUCUUAGAGUCUCCUGCUGUCUCAUCAUUGGGUCUUUCUCCCUUUUCAAAGAAGUUCUCCUGAGACAUUUGUUUUUUUACUCAUUUUAGCGAAGGUUAGCUCGUGGGCUUAAUUUAUCUGGCAUCAAAACUGUGACAGGAAAUAUUUGAUAUGACUUAAAACACAUUUUUUAUUCAGACUGUUUGGGGUGAAUAGACAUUUGUGUGACUAAAGCUAAUGAAAACAGAUGAUCCUGCACACCAAGAGGGGCUAUUUCUGAUUCAUUUUGGGUAGGUUAUCUUUAGGUAUUUGUUUCCUAGGAUCUAACCCUGAAGAGGUGAAAACAACAUGGACUUAUUUCCUUUUUUCUUUGGCCACUUGGGUGCAGCAGAAACAGCUGAAAACACAACAGAGACACUUUGCUGACAUAUUUUUUAUAGCAAACAGGCAAUUGUUCAUACAUUCAACACAGAAAAACAUUAGCUUUAUUAUAAUUGGUUCUAGUCACUCAAUCUACUAUGUACUGUCCUUUCAGGUCAAGCAUUUUGAUUAACAAGUUAAGUGCUAACUUUAUGUGUUGGGUAUCUGGUGCUAAGCAAGGUGGUGUUGUUUUAUCUGAGAAAAAAAUGUGCCUGUCAUUGCUUCAUUGUGUCAUCAGGUUAACACAAUGAAGCUUAUGAGCCAUAAAACAAACAAACAAAAAAACUAAAUUACUGUUCUUCAGUUACAGUAAGACUCCAGCAUUUAAUCUUUUUUUUAAAAUGUCCAUUUCAUAUAUAUUUAAUCAUUCACAGCACAGGUGUGCUGACAGAUUUAAGUUUGUGUGAAAAUGGAAAUUAAUGUAGUAUGUUUGAAGUCAUGUUCAAGUGGUAGAAGUAUGUAUAUGGAGUGUUUUCCGUAAUCCUCAUAUACCAUAUGAAAACUGCAUGUUGGAAUAAUUAAUGGCUGAAACAAAUGGGCCUCAGGAACCUUGUUGGAUUGACAGCAAUGUGAGAUGUGAGAAUUUAAAGUCAUUUUGUUUUUGCUAAAGUAAAGAUUUUCAUGAUGUCUGUGAAUGGCAGUGCCAGUGUCUUGCUAUUGUCUUGCCUAGUUUUAUAUUCUCCCAGCUGCUCUAAUGAUCCAAACUGUUGAGACAUCUUUUUAAAACUGUCACUGGCUCCAUUUAGCAGAUUUCAUCAGAAGAGAUACAGUGUGAAACCAGGAAAGGGGUCAAUAUUGUCUUGUCUUACAUUAAUCAUAUAACUCAUUUAGUAUUUUUCAAAGCUUCAAACACAAAGACUGAGUAAUAUUUUGUUUUAUAUUUAUCAAAGAGCAAAAACAUAUGUGGAAAUGCCUGUAUGUCACUUUGAAGAACCUACAUGUAGAUUUAAAUAGCCAGUCACAUGAGGGCUACGUUCUGUGCUCAUCAGUGUGUCAAAUCCGUCCCUCUGCUCUACUCCAAAUGUAAACCCUAAACCCAGACUGAUAGAAUGUCAUGUUAGAUUUUUGUUUCAAAAUGUUGUGUAUCUGCUUUAUUAUUUUUUAUUUUAUUUUCAUAAUAGCACAUUUCUUACUGUAUCUAAUUCAAUCAUUUAGAGAUUUUCAUAAUGUCACUGAAACACUUUAUCUUAAUUUUAAUUCAUUAUUUAAUAUACCAGAAACCGUAGAUAUGAACCUCUUUUGCCGUAUCUUUAAGGAUGCCUUGAAAAACAUCUUCUAAUACAGCCUGCAAAUUAGAACAAUAGUUGAUAGAUUCUGGGACCUGUUUUCUGUUUUGUUUUUUUUUGUUUUUGUUUUUUUAGCAAAAGCUGCGCAUUUUACUUUUACCAAACCUUACUACUUUUGAUACUAUUUUAUGUCAAUAGGGUUCGUGUUGAUAUUCAGUGAAAGAUUACGUGCUGCCACAGGGCGACAGAGCCUGUUUUAGCUAAAAUAAUUUUUUUCCUUCAGAAUCUCUAACUUGAUGUCACAUGUGAAGGCUCUCCCUCGGUGUGCCUCAUAAGAUGUCCUCCUGCCGUCUGUUGCCAUGUUACAUUUACAGCAUCAGUUAAGUGUUACAAGUUAUGAUACGCUGAUAUCUAAUAUGAUGUAUGUCAAAGCAAAUUUCAUAACAUGACUGCGUGUAUAUGCAUGUAUAACCAGUUUGUCUGACACUGGUAUUUUAGUGUCUUUUGUUUAAACUAACUGCAAAUAAAUAAGAAACAAGCUGC